UCCCUGACCAGAGGCGGGGGGUCCUGGACCCUGCGGGAUGAGUCAUCUAUCCAUCUUUAUCUCUUCCCUCCUUCUCCUCUUGGGUUCCCUGUAACUGUGGCCCUUUCUCCAGCCCGGCCUCGGCAUGGCGGCUCCCCGCCCCCCACCCGUGAUCUCCGUCUCCGUCUCGGCGCCCGCCUUCUAUGCCCCGCAGAAGAAGUUUGCCCCGGUCGUGGCCCCCAAACCCAAAGUGAACCCUUUCCGUCCCGGGGCAGCUGAGACCCCUCCAGGGCCUGGGGCCCAGAGAGCGCAGAUGGGCAAGGUCGGCGAGAUCCCUCCCCCUCCCCCGGAAGAUUUUCCUCUGCCGCCACCUCCAUUGCUACCUGGGGAUGAUGGAGAAGCUUCCCUGGGAGGGGCCUUUCCACCACCUCCACCCCCAUUUGAGGAACCAUUCCCCCCUGCCCCAGACGAAGAGAUAUUCCCUUCCCCUCCACCUCCCUUGGAAGAAGAAGUGGGGGUUGAACCGCCAGCCCCAACACAUCAGCCCAGAGGAAAGGUGAGCAGCAUUGACCUGGAGAUGGACUCUCUGUCCUCCCUGUUGGAUGACAUGACCCGGAAUGAUCCCUUCAAGCCCAGGGUUUCUUCUGGAUCUCUGCCUCCCCCAGUUGCCCCCCAGUUCCCUCCCAAGCCAAGCAUCCCACCUGCAGCGUCAAACCCAGUACCUCUUCCUCCUUGGUUGACUCCAACUAGCCCUCCUCAGUCCCAUUCUGUAUCUGUGGCUAAGACCUCAACCACACAGCCUCGAGGUCCUCCAGUUCUGGCUUCAGCCCCAGCUGCAGCUCCAUCUAUGGUUCCAACCCCACCCCAACCCACAGCAUCAACACCAGCCCCUACUCCUACCCCCAAGUUUAACCCUGUGACCUCCAGAUUUACCCCUGUAACUCCCAAGUUUAGCCCUCCAGCACCUGGGGGUCCCCCUCAUCAGAAAGCGGGUCCUUCACCUCCCACUGGCACAGGAUCUCCUCAACAGCCUCCCAGUUUCACCUAUGCUCAACAGAGGGAGAAGCCCCGUGUUCAGGAGAAGCAACGUCCAGUGCCGCCUCCUGCUCAGGACCAGGUGCGCCCUCCUGGGGCCCCAGGGCCUCUAACUCUUCGGGAGGUAGAAGAGCUAGAAGAGUUGACCCAGCAGCUAAUGAAAGACAUGGAGCAGCCAACCAGUAACAAGCCCCCCACCAAUGAGUGGUGUGGUCGAUGCCACCAGGCCCUGGUACGUUCCCAGCCUGCAGUUCGGGCUCUUGGGCGCCUGUUCCAUGUCACAUGUUUCACAUGCCACCAGUGCGAGCGGCAGCUGCAGGGGCAGCAGUUCUAUAGCCUUGAAGGGGCACCUUACUGUGAGCAGUGCUAUGAGAACACUCUGGAGAAGUGUAGCACGUGUGGAGAGCCAAUCACCGAGCGGAUGCUGAGAGCUACGGGCCGGGCUUUUCAUCCCCAGUGCUUCACCUGUGUGGUGUGUGCCUGUCCCCUGGAAGGCACCUCCUUCAUUGUGGACCAAGCCAACCGGCCCCACUGUGUCCCUGACUAUCACCGGCAGUAUGCCCCACGCUGCUCUGUUUGUACUGAACCCAUCAUGCCUGAACCUGGCCGAGACGAGACCGUGCGGGUGGUAGCUCUUGACAAAAACUUCCACAUGAAAUGUUACAAGUGUGAGGACUGUGGGAAGCCCUUGUCCAUUGAGGCUGACGAGAAUGGUUGUUUUCCUCUGGAUGGACAUGUACUGUGUCGUCAUUGCCACACUGCCCGGGCCCAGACUUGAGGGUGAACUCGUUUUCAUGAAUCUUGAAGACCCAGGAUCCACACCAGAGCAGAGAACUACCUACUUUAAGAUCAAGUCUUCCUUCACUCACUUCAUCCUCAUUCCCCACCCCAAGCCACAAGAAAAGUUGCAGCUAGUCUUAUGCUAGUCCCUCUUAAAUUCUACGGGGUAGGGAAGUGAUGAACAGCAGAACCCAAGACCAAUUCCUUAAUUUUCAUAUUCCUUUCCCCACCUGGUACAAGGACCACCUGUUUCAUGCUCCAGGCUUCACAGCAUCUUCCGGUCCCCUCUUUUUGUAUCCUUUCCUUUUGGGGAGCUUGACAGUCUGGGCAGCAUUAUUGCUUUUGCUCCUACGCUGAAGCUGUUGGUUGGCUCACUCCCAGCAAUCUUCAUACUCUGUUGAGGGGCUUGAGGAGAGACUGUGCCCUGGCUCUAUCCCAGAGGCUGGGCUCGUAGCACCUUCUUUGGACCACACAAUAUGGGACCCUGGCCACAAUUACAAAUAAAGUAUUCACUCCCACAGUCCCCUA